CUAUACCAAGAUGGCUGCCACAUUGGCGCUGUCAUUUUGGUACAGGGCCGGGCGAAGCGCUUAGUUUGACCCGGUUGAGGCCAGAGUCGUUUUCUCUGGGGCUUCCUCGUGCUCGGCUCGUCCCCCCGAGCGGUCCUCGGGAGCCCCUGGUGCCGCUCGGCGUCCCUACACUCAGCCGGGAGUCAUGUCUUGGGCUGCGCGCCCGCCCUUCCUCCCCCAGCGGCAUGCCGCAGGGCAGUGUGGGCCGGUGGGGGUGCGAAAAGAAAUGCAUUGUGGGGUCGCGUCCCGGUGGCGGCGGCGGCGGCCCUGGCUGGAUCCCGCGGCGGCGGCGGCGGCGGCGGCAGCCGGAGGACAGCAGGCCCCGGAGCCGGAGCCGGGGGAGGCUGGACGGGACGGGAUGGGCGACAGCGGGCGGGACUCCCGGAGCCCGGACAGUUCCUCCCCAAAUCCCCUUCCCCAGGGGGCCGCUCCCCCUUCUCCUCCCGGACCACCCCUGCCCCCUUCAGCAGCUGCGUCCCUUGGAGGUUCUGGGGCUCCACCCCCACCCUCGAUGCCACCCCCACCACUGGGCUCCCCCUUCCCAGUUAUCAGCUCUUCCAUGGGGUCCCCCGGCCUUCCCCCUCCAGCUCCCCCAGGAUUCUCCGGGCCUGUCAGCAGUCCCCAGAUUAACUCAACAGUGUCGCUCCCUGGGGGUGGGUCUGGCCCCCCUGAAGAUGUGAAGCCACCAGUCUUAGGGGUCCGGGGCCUGCACUGUCCACCCCCUCCAGGUGGCCCUGGGGCUGGCAAACGGCUAUGUGCAAUCUGCGGGGACCGAAGCUCAGGCAAACACUACGGGGUUUACAGCUGCGAGGGCUGCAAAGGCUUCUUCAAGCGCACCAUCCGUAAGGACCUGACCUACUCGUGCCGGGACAACAAGGACUGCACGGUGGACAAGCGCCAGCGGAAUCGCUGUCAGUACUGCCGCUACCAGAAGUGCCUGGCUACCGGCAUGAAGAGGGAGGCUGUACAGGAGGAGCGUCAGCGGGGGAAGGACAAAGACGGGGAUGGGGAGGGUGCCGGGGGAGCCCCCGAGGAGAUGCCUGUGGACAGGAUCCUGGAGGCGGAGCUUGCUGUGGAGCAGAAGAGUGACCAGGGCGUGGAGGGUCCCGGGGGAACCGGGGGCAGCGGCAGCAGCCCCAAUGACCCUGUGACCAACAUCUGCCAGGCAGCUGACAAACAGCUCUUCACGCUUGUUGAGUGGGCGAAGAGGAUCCCCCACUUUUCCUCCUUGCCUCUGGAUGACCAGGUCAUAUUGCUACGGGCAGGCUGGAAUGAGCUGCUCAUCGCCUCCUUCUCUCACCGAUCCAUUGACGUCCGAGACGGCAUCCUCCUCGCCACAGGUCUCCACGUGCACCGCAACUCGGCCCAUUCCGCAGGCGUGGGAGCCAUCUUUGAUAGGUCCCUCUCCAGGGUGCUGACAGAGCUAGUGUCCAAAAUGCGGGACAUGAGGAUGGACAAGACAGAACUUGGCUGCCUGAGGGCAAUCAUUCUGUUCAAUCCAGAUGCCAAGGGCCUCUCCAACCCCAGUGAGGUCGAGGUCCUGCGAGAGAAAGUAUAUGCGUCCCUGGAGACCUACUGCAAACAGAAGUACCCUGAGCAACAGGGCCGGUUUGCCAAGCUGCUGCUGCGUCUUCCUGCUCUCAGGUCCAUAGGCCUUAAGUGUCUAGAGCAUCUGUUUUUCUUCAAGCUCAUCGGCGACACCCCCAUCGACACCUUCCUCAUGGAGAUGCUUGAGGCUCCCCACCAGCUGGCCUGAGCCCACAUCCCGACGUGCUGUUCCUCACGCUGGGGGAGGGCACAGCGGCGAGGGACUCUGGGCCUUGGGGCAGGGUGGGGAGGGACCGUGUUCCUAGAAUCUUGAUGGGAUGGAGGAGCACAGAGCCGAACUGAGGCCUCCAGGGGGUGCCCCUAAACCCUGUAAGGGUUUGCUUGAGGUCCCAAGUCAGAGGGACCCAGACCACUGGUGGACCUCUCCCCGCGGCGGCCUUGAGCCUCCGCGUUUGUCUGGCUCUGCCACGGUCUGGGGGGCUUUCUCACUCCAGCCUGGAGUGGCCUCUCCUCCCCCAGCACAGAGCCCCAGCAUUGCUCCCAGGUCCUUGCUUCUUGUCGUCUUGCCUCACUCAGCAUCCCCAUCCGAAGAGUGGAACGAGAACUCCCGCAAAGAUGGCUAUUGGGGGGCAGGCCCCCCAAACUGAUGGACAUGGGAGUAAGCUCUGCCAGGCCUUCCUCUAACCCAGCCUGGCAGAUGGGGGCUUCUCUGGAAGGAGGGGACCCUGUCACUGUCCCCUGGCCAGAGUCCCGUCUCACACUUCCCCACCUCCGGCAGUCAGACUGAAAAAGGUGGUGGUGGUGGUGGUGAAGGGGUGGGGGGAACCCAUCUGCUAUUUUUAAUUUCCUGGAGGACAGAGACUUGCAGUUAGACUAAAGAAGCACUGUACUUCCCCAGGUUGACUAAGAGAUGCCAGUGGCGGAGGUGGUGUCUGGGAAAGGCAGGCCCGGUUGCUCUGGGUUCUUGAGCCUCCCUGCCCUUUCCCCACCACUCCUGUCUGUCUGGGGGAAGGGGCCUGCGUUGAGGGCAGGGCCGGGGUGGUGAGUAGUCCUCACGCCUUUCCCGUCCCAGCUCCCUCUGCAGCCCCGGGCUCACCCCGCGGAGCCUGGGACAGUGAGUGUCCCAGCCUGACUGAGGGGCGAUGGCCAGCCUGCGGAGGUGGGGUGCUGGGGCUGCAUGACUUCUGCCCUGCGGCUCUUCUCUCCGGGGUUCCCUUCCCCUGUCUUUCACUCACAUAAAAUCGCUUUCAAAUUAAAAUCGCUGUUUUCUGGA